GACAGCAGUGUGUUGUGGAAUUGAAGAGUAAGGACUGCACCAGCAUCUGAAUGGACUGAAGUGCUAUUUGCAGAUGCAGGCACAGUUGGCGUGUAUGCUUCUCCUCUGUUUCACAUGUGGUGGACUUUGCACAGAUGUCGACCAGGAUCAGCGAGCGCUAGAAGAGGAGCUACUCAGCAGUCUCUUUACUUCCAAGAUGAAACAGAAUAAACAGAGUGCCCCCUACUGGCGUGUGUCGCUGGCCAAUCUGUGCAGGAUGGUGAGCAGCCUGCGGCAGGAGGCAUGGAGUGGUGAGGAGAAGGAGGACGGAGAGCUGAGGGAGGGGAGCCACCAGCUGCUGGAGGAGUUGUACAACCUGCAACGCAUCUGCCAAGCGCUGCAGAGCCGGGAGGAGAGGCUACUCCAUGACUCCCUAGAAUAUUUAGAGGAGAACAGUGACACUCCUCUGAAACGGAAAUCACCCUACAUACUGAAGAGGCAAGCUGCACACACCACAAAGUCCCGAAGGCCAUACAUCUUAAAACGAAGUACAAUUUACUGACAACCAUCCUGAAGAGGCCGAAGUGACGUUUUAGGGGACCAGACCACAUGCUUUCUGUGAAGACGUGAUUGUGUUUUUUUCUCUCUUCUUGUAGCUGCAAUGUUUUUCAUUUUCCCCUUUGUCGUUUUUAUCCAGUCAGACCCUUCGAUUGUACGUUUAGCAUUGAGGCCUGCCUGUAUUCUGCUCCUUUCAGCAUAGGUCCUGAAAAUAAAAUCCUGAGCAUCAAGCAAAAU